UAGCCAGUUGGCACCAGCCGUUAGGUAUGAGUUUUGGUUUUACAAUCUUCUUCUCUUCACUACUACUACUAUAUAUAAGUCUCUGAUCCCGAGCUAUAUUUCUCAGAGUUUCAUUGAUUAGAGGAAAGAAGAACUAGUCAAGAUUAGAAGAUCUGCGCAAUGGCAAAGGAAGCUUCAAAUGGAAUUCGUAAGCUUCCGCCUUCUCCAUCUCCAUUGCGGAACUCCAAAUUUUUUCAGUCUAAUAUGAGAAUUUUGGUAACUGGAGGAGCUGGAUUCAUUGGCUCUCACCUUGUGGAUAGAUUGAUGGAAAAUGAGAAAAAUGAGGUAAUUGUCGCUGAUAACUGCUUCACUGGUUCAAAGGAUAACCUCAAGAAAUGGAUUGGUCAUCCUAGAUUUGAGCUUAUUCGCCAUGAUGUCACGGAAACAUUAUUGGUCGAAGUUGAUCAGAUCUACCAUCUUGCUUGCCCUGCUUCCCCAAUUUUUUACAAGUACAAUCCUGUAAAGACAAUAAAAACAAAUGUGAUUGGCACGUUGAACAUGCUGGGACUUGCCAAACGUGUUGGAGCAAGAAUUUUGCUUACAUCAACAUCUGAGGUAUAUGGAGAUCCUCUGGAACACCCACAGACAGAGUCAUACUGGGGCAAUGUUAAUCCAAUUGGAGUCAGGAGUUGCUACGAUGAGGGGAAGCGUGUAGCGGAAACUUUGAUGUUUGGAUAUCAUCGGCAACAUGGGAUUGAAAUUCGCAUUGCUAGGAUCUUUAAUACAUAUGGUCCCCGCAUGAAUAUUGAUGAUGGUCGUGUUGUCAGCAACUUCUUAGCUCAAGCAAUUCGAGGUGAACCGUUGACAGUUCAAGCACCAGGAACACAAACACGGAGUUUCUGCUUCGUAACUGACUUGGUCGAUGGUCUAAUCCGACUCAUGGGAGGAGAUGACACUGGGCCGAUCAACUUAGGAAACCCAGGUGAAUUUACAAUGAUGGAACUUGCAGAGACAGUGAAGGAGCUAAUUGAUCCUAAUGUUAAGAUAAAUGUUGUGGAGAACACUCCGGAUGAUCCACGCCAGCGGAAGCCAGACAUCACAAAGGCAAAAGAGGUGCUUGGCUGGGAACCCAAGAUUUCCUUGCGCGAGGGCCUGCCUCUCAUGGAGGAGGAUGUCCGGAGGAGGCUUGGAGUUCCCAAAAACUAGAGCAACCACAGUGGAGUGGUGUGGCGUGGCUUGGGGAAACUUUCCAUUGAAGUCAAACAGAGUUGACUUGAUAUCUUAUUUUGUCUGAGAUUCAUGGGUUACCAAUUUUAGUGCCCUCAAUUUGUUUCUGUUUAUUUUCUCUGCAACCCCCCCCCCCCCCCCCCCCCCUUUUCUUAUUUUAUUAUAUUGGCAUAGAAAUAAGUAAUGUGAUCUAGUUAUUAUGGAUGUAGAGAACAUUUCAUUGAUUCAGUAUAUAUCUGAUAAGUUUGGCCUCUUUGGAGAAAGAGUUGCUUGACUGGGUUCCCAAA